CGCAUGAGAAGCACUGGGGCGGAUUUUGUUUCCCUUCAACUUCCAGUGAUCCGUGUUUAGUAUUUUCUGUACGAGCAACUUUCGCAAUUGAUUCAGUAGUUUCGCAGUUUUCGCGAUCACGGUUCAGCAGAAUUCUAUUCGUUUCGUCUAAACUAAAAUAAAAAGAAAAAUAAAAGUUCUACAGUUUCGCUGUUUCUUGAAAAUAUGAUUUCUAACUUUGAGUCUGAUCGAAUAAGAUAGGCAAAGGAUUCGGUAGUGAGCUGCAGGACGCGUUCCGAACGGUUGAAAGAAGUUUGAAACUGAUUGCAAGUAAAGUUCCAUUCGUUUCGCUGCCAACGCUAGGAAUUGUUGUUCAUGAGGAUAUUUGCGGAAUCGAGUGCAUUUUCUCGCCCCUUUGGACCCCUUUUCCGACCUGUUCAAGCCAGUGGCUAAAGAGAAGAGAAAAUUUGAAACUUGCUUGGGGUCCUACGUUUUGGGGCUGGCAGUGUCGAGCGUUCAGCGAUCAGGAAGUCUGUCUUCGAUCGAGCGUUGGUCGUGAAGCGAAAAUUUCAUAAAAUCUGGAUCGACAGAGGAGAAGAAAUUUUUCGCCAGUGCUCUAGCCUGAGUGGGUGCUCGUUUCCAGCCGGAAGGUGAUUGAUUGUAGUCAACAAGCUGUAUUAUUUUCCUCUGUUGCGCUUCAUGUAGCACAUUGUUGUGCAGAAAAUUUAAUGGCCAGCGUAGAAGUGCUAGUUAGUGAAAGGUGAGAUUUGCUACUGAAGGACAGUGAAUUUUUGCCGGAAUAGUCAUCGAAAAUUGCUUUCCACCAAACAGGCUUGCGCGGAAUUUGUGCUAGUGAAGUGAGAGAAAACAGGAAGUGGAACAGAUUGUGCACACGCAUUGUGUGUCGGUGUGUCAAUUGUCUGGAGAGCUAGAGAGGAAGGUGCCUUUGGCUAGCAGGUAGCUAAUCCGGAAAAAGUCACCAUGAUGGGGUUCAACGUUGGAGUACUGUGGCUUUCGUGCCUGGUUCUGCUGUUCAAUCAAGAUAAUGUACUUGCACAAACGAAACGUGUGUUCCGAACGGGAGCCGCACAGCCUCGAGCAUUGGGCUCGAACCCAAAGUCCAGUCACUCCUCUUCGGUGGACUUCAACUGCCCGGAAGAAUUCGGGUACUAUCCACAUCCCACCGACUGCUCACAGUACUAUGUGUGUGUGUUCGGUGGAGCCCUACUGGAGAGCUGUACCGGUGGGUUGAUGUACAGCCAUGAGCUACAAACUUGCGAUUGGCCACGCAACGUGGGAUGUGACGCUACCGUCCAGCAAGCUCCUCCUACGCCAUUGAGGACCACUGUCACACCCCGUGUACCACAGGUUCUCUCUAGAAUUCGAUUCUCCUCCAGUCCGGCUUCAGCACCAUCUGCUCCAUCGGGCCCGUCCGGACCGAGUGCUCCCUCGGGUCCGUCCGGUCCAGGACCAUCGGGGCCUGCACGCAUUCACUCACUACCACCACCACCGCCACCGGCAAAUCCGAAUCCGGUCAUUACAACGCGCGGUCAACCCAAAAAUUCCCCACAAGAUGAUAUAGCCAAGCUUUACGCUGAAGCUCACGACACACUUCCACCGAUAGAAGAGGAAGAAUCCGAUCGCCAGCAGCGUGUCUACCGCGGACAGCCAAGCACUGUAACGCAGGUACAGCGUGACCGAGACGGUAUCCUGCAGCAGCCUAGCGUGAAUGCCAUCCCAACGCAGGCCAAAGUAGGAUCCUUCGCGUACAGCGCCCAGCCACAGCCGUUCAGUGACGAAGACCAACUGCAAGACCUAGACCCUGAAGUGAAACCUAAAGAAAACCAAAUUCACGAUCGAAAAAAACGGGACGUGGUAGACAGUACCAAAAGUGCCUCCGCCACCGAUGGCAUGCGCAAUAGCACUAAAAAUCACCAGGACGACCGUCCGGAAUCGGCAAUGCUUACGGAUCAGCGUCUGCUCGAAGCGGCAGCUAGUGGGGAGGAGAGCGUACGAAGUGCCCGCCAACUAAGGCCAUUGGGAAACUGGCAGUACAGAUCGCUGGACACUUCGCUCUCCCGCCACAACAACUUCCCCCCGAGUAGCUACGAUCCGUAUGUAUACUCCGCUGGUCCCACUUCGCCUACUUAUCUCAAAUCCGGAGCGCGAUACUACCAGCCGCAACUCUAUAACAAAAAAGUUAUAACAAACAACUACAACGACUACCUCGAAGCGUACGUUAACGCCAAACAGCAUGGCGGCAGCCAAUAUCUCAGGCCAGUAGAACCACAGAACUAUAAAGCAGUUACCAAAAUAACCCCUCAGGAUACCCUGAUACCGCUGUUGAUCUCAAAUCAAUCGCCAAGACCUCAACAGUAUCAAACCGCAUUUACAGCUGCAGCAUUUGUGAACAAUCAGAAUGGUAAAAAAUACACAACUCCAGUUCCGGAUGUCGACGACGGAACCAUCCCGGACAACUUUGCCUAUUUCCACUUCGGUAACCAUUACUCGUCAACUCCACUAUCGGUUAACAAUCACGCCAAGAGUGCGGCCAAAAACAAUCCAGUUCCACAGCAAUCGCAUAAAGUGGCACAGUCCACCCACCGAAGUCCAUUCAUUGCGUUUAGCUCCGUUGGAGGAUUCUUCAACAAUCAGCCAACGUCGAAUCCCCUUAAAGAAUCUUUCGUCGGGGUUUCAAAACAUUCGAACAGUAACCAACAAAUUCAAAAAGCCACACCGAAGAUUCUCGUCGGUCCAAGCACCCCGGCGCCAGUCUACGAGAACGCCAACUCCAUCACGCCGCUACAUCGAUUCCCGGCAACAACGCCGAAAACCACGGUCUCCGCAUUGGAAUAUUAUCCUCAAAAUCUUUUCCUAAAUAAUGCAAAUCUAUAUUCCGGUAAUUCACCGGCCAUAAUUAGUUACAAUGGCUACAACGAUAAGCCGGUGCCAAUAUAUGAAGCUUCCACGCUGAGACCGGCCGGAUACUUCGUAACCAAGUCAACUAACGGCUUUCAGCCGAUCACCGGCUCCACAACGCCGCGUUACUACCAGUCAGGUAGUCAAAAUACUCCCGACUACACGCAGUUCUUCGAGAGCGUCAAAAAUACUCACCUCAAGCAAAGCAACACCAAACAUACAGAUGGACUGCAAACCAUCGGAUCGCAGUACCCCAAAAAUGGUACUACUAACCUACGACCGAUACCUUCCGGUCAACAGUACAACAGACUCGUCCCCUAUGGUCCUUCCACUGUGAAACCAUUUCGCGAUUCGAAUGAGUACUACUAUGAAGAAGAAAAUGAUAAUCGGGGUCAUAAAUUUGUUAAAAAUACUUUCAAUAGUAACCGUAAGCCAACCUAUCCCAAACGUCCCAGUGAAGAGGACGAUGAAGAGUACUAUGAAGAAGAUGACGAGGAUGACUAUGAAUACCGGUAUCCAAUCAAUAAGUCCAAGUACACUCCGAUGACGGAAACAAUGGCUCCAAGACCUCUUGGAAACCUGACUACUCCCAAGCCUGGAUCCUAUGUAUCCGGUCACGUCUACUAUAAAAAUCACAAAUACGAAACAACCACGUGGCGUCCAAGUACCAUCACUACCCAUGCGCCAACAACGAGUGAUAUUCCGCCAAUCAUCACCUUCCCAGAAGAUGUAUUUCAGGGAAUCAAACCAUUCGGGGACAUUCCCCGUUAUCAGAACAAAUCGACCGUGCGACCGUACAACGUUCGUACGCACGUUCGACCAACGGCAAUACCAAAUGCGAACCUCAUAGACGAGACCACCUCGAAGGAACUACAACGCACGACUGUCAAAUCGCACAGUUCCAAGAAGAUAACCCCGCCAACAACAACAACAACGACGACAACGACGACUACUACCACCACCACGACUACCACCCCAACUCCGCCAAUCCGUACGCGACCCACAACGACGACCUCGACGUAUGAAACUACCCCCCGCAAGCGGUACACCGUACGACCGAACCGGGGCCAGCAACGCUGGCGUACUACUACUGAGACCCCCGAACAGCCUACCGCUAGCACCAGACCGAACAAGAACCAACUCCGUAACGAUCGUUUGGAACUCGAUGAACGGCUACCGAACAGGGUUGAAACAUCCUCGCCAGCACCGAGCAGAUACAAUACCGACCAGCAGCAGAAAACUGUCCUCAGCCAGAGCAGCAAGAACUACUACAACACCAGCAACUACGAUCCGUCGGCUUACGACAAUUACUACGCCGUCUACGAUGAGGAUGUGGAACUGUACCGAGAUGUUGAAUACCAACCGCAGUACAACCAAAACAACCAGCAGUCAUCGCAACAACCGCAGAGGCCGACCGUAUCGUCCACCUACCGUCCGACCGUGGUCACAACCGUCGCUCCAACUUCUCAGCGAGAUCAGUCACUGUACGUCACUUCUCCCCGCACUACCUACCAACAGCGGCCAUCCUAUCAAGCCGAUUAUGAUGAUGCCCUCGUGUCACAGCUCGAAGAUGAUCGUUAUAAUCAGAAACAAACACACACCCAGCUCAGAAACGAUUUGAACUCUAUUUCCGAUCGUCCGAUAUUGGUAUCUUCAACGAUUCGUACCUUUAACAGUCCAAAAUAUCAGACAGCUUUUGUAACAUCACCCGAACCGUUCUCACUUCCAUCAACAACCACAACAAGAACCACUACAACAACCACGACCAUCACUACAACACCCGCUCCGCUACAAUACUAUACCCCAAGAUCAUCACAAUUGGAUGAAAAAAGCAAUAAAUCGACUCCCAAAUCAAUUAUAUUAACACUCGCAGCACGCGCGGGUUCUUCCACCACAUCUACGGAGAGUCCCCUCCUAGUAUCCUUUUCUCCGUUUUCCUAUACCACCGGCCGAUCCGCCAGUACCGUCAGCUCAAACAUCUUCCGACUCACGAAGAACAGCACGAGCACAUCCUCAACGACGACUAGCACCACAACCGAAUCCGACCCCUCCCUAUCCCUUUCCUCGAGUAGUGAAACCUAUGACAAUGAACCCAACCGAGUCCCACCUAAAAUCAAAUUUCAUCCCAUUCCCGAUGACAGUUACUAUGAUGACGAUGAAUAUCCACUCAGUAAAACCAGGUAUGAAUACGACUCCCAAGACAACGACAGCAGCAACGAUCAGUCGAGUAAGAAGUAUAUUACCCAGAAACUGCUCCCAAUUAAUUCACCAUCCUCGAACUAUGGUUUAUCCGGUUCACGCGAAAAUAGCCCAUUUUCGUAUGACCAACCAAAACCGUAUUUCCCCCCGAACCACAAAAAGUUUUACCCAUCGUCAACAAGUACCUCCACUACAACUACGAAAAAACCAACAACUACGACAAGUACCACCACCUCCACUACCACAACAACUACUACUAGUACCACUCCCAGUACCCCUGUAACGCAACGUCAAAAGAUCCAAAGCUAUAUCGUGUCGGAAGUACAGCCGGAAAGCUUCAAACCGUCGACUAAAGUCCCUCCCCCAUCAGAGAACGAUAGUUAUUCUAGUACCGGUCUACGGACACGUGGUCAAAAUACCUUCCUCAAAGCCCUUGGUACCACGCUUUCCGCUACCCAACAGUCCACCAUAGCAACCUCCACCAACGCUGGUCCCGCUUCAGCUUCUUCCUCUGUUGCACAUACACGAGUAAGACCAACGGACCAAUCGGACUCAGACGAAAUCUUUCGACUGACUUUAAACACUAAGUUUGGUAACUCACGGCCUGAACUAACGAAUCUUCCUACCGGCCGUCCGAGCUCUUCACAGCCCCCACGACACAUUGUAAGACCCGAACAGAUGGAAUUGAAUGACACGAUUCGGCUAACGUUGAACGCAGCCAUUGCACCAUCUGCUUCUACGACAACCCGUGUUCCGUUUUCGCCCUCUUCACCACGAUAUGUCGUUUUCGAUGAAUCGAUGCGCUCUAGCACCGCUCAACCUAAGUAUCAACAGUUCAGUACGACUGCAGUGCCCUCUGUAAGCCAACCUACUCGGUAUGAAAUCAAACCUGAACAAUUUCAGAACAAUAAAUCUAUUCGAUUAACCUUGAGUGCGGGUGUUGGCAGUAGGUCAACCGUAUCGAAGGGUACUGUUGAGACCGUUGACCUCACCACGUCCGCACCAAGGUAUAUUCAAUUUACCCAAUCGGAUGCACUUUUCACAACAACCCCAGAGCCUAGUACCACAACCCAUAAGGUGCUACGACUUUCCCCAAGUUCUACUGCUUUUCCAACGCGAUCACGAUAUUAUCCAGACCGUGGUGAAACGAACCCGUCCGUCCGGUCUACCUCCAGACCACCAAAGGGUAGUUUUCAAGAAACCGAAUCGACUGCCUCGAGUGAAUGGUCUCCGUCCUAUCCAGACAAUGUUCUAUCCAGUCCUCAAACGAACACACUUCAAGAGAAUGAAGAGCAAGAGCUAGACGAUUUACUGAUUCCGUCGAAAGUUGAAGAGACUUACCGCAACCAACUAGAAGUCAAAACGCUUCCUCCAACUCGGUUUCCUCCCCGAACUACCCCACCUCCUUCCGCUGCGGAAGACAGUCGGAAAAUUGCCGAAGCAGUGCAAAGUUUCACGAGCCGAGGGCUAGUAUUCAAAGAAGCCCUCAAUAAAACUCUCGAACCUACUAGCAAUCCCCGUUUGGUGGUGUCUCCUUUCAAGAGCCUCGAAGUCCAGCGACAGGCCACCUCAUCGGACAGACCGUUCGCAUACUCCACGUCUCGAGUGAUUGCCAACAUAUAUAGAACAACGACUGAAGCACCAAGAGAUUCUCCCUUCCGGAGUUACUUUCUAAUAACUUCACCACCCAGACUGGCGAAUAUCGCCAAGUUUUCUAAACAUCCCUCUUCCACUUCAACCGAAGCUUCUACUACUACAAGUACCACUACCACUACUGAACCUACAACAACGACUAGUACUAGUACUACUACAAGCACAACUCUCUCCACUACAACAACUACUACUACUCCUGUGUCUACUACUACCACCACCAGUACAACCCCUCUCGCCACAAGUAUGGUAUUUACUUCCCCUGCUCAUUUCUCGUCUACGGAGGACAUCACCUCUACCACUGUGCCAAAAACCACCGAAGUCUAUCGGGGUCGAUACCGUCCCGUUUUUAGUUUGGUAAAAUCUCCGGAAACAUCCGAUGAGGUGACCACCCCACGAUAUCGUAUUCGCAACCGUAUUCCCACGAGGCGUACUUAUACUCGCCUCAGGCCCACCGCCCUUACCGCCUCUAGCAGAUCACACCUCACUAGCAAAGAUAUUAACAACAAACCGUUCACCAACACCGAAAGUACACUGCUUUCCGUUUCAACGGAGUAUUCCGUCGAUCGACGCGUUUCCUCCACGGUCAGUUCACAUUUAAACCGAAUCAGCACUACCGAACGUUCUCGCUACGACAAUGAAGAAUCGCCGGUGAAAUCUUCACAUUACAAGUCGCGUUUUAGUGACGAUAGCGUUGAAGUAUUCAAGAAAGUUACGGUCUCUCCGGAAAACGUUACUCUCCACACGAAUAGUGAACCCGCCAAAGUGGUUGAAAUAACCGACAAACCUGUCUACUACACUAGUUAUCAUUUGACCUCGACUGAAGAGAACUCUUCUGGACCUUCCCUCAACAGCAAGACUGAGACAACGACGAAGAAGUUCCGCGCGACUGUAGAGAUGCCAGAAAUGAAUAUUCCCACCGAAAAGGAGCUGCUGUCCUAUCAGCAAGACGACAGUGCCAGUAACGAAGAAGAAGAAGACGAAGAUGUACCAGACGAAGAGGAUGAAGACCUACCGGAGGAGUACCUGGUGGAUUACUCUUACCUCGAGGCGACCAGCGCUGCUCCGACUCCAACCACGACGACGACGUCCACCACGACGACCAGCAGUCGACCGGCGAGCCCAUAUAAACCGCUGUAUCGGGCAUCCAAGCGAUUCACUACUACAACCACUACCACUGAACAGACCCCAGAACAGACAUCACCAUCACAGUACCACAAUCAAGACACACGAACACACCGACACAAUCUGACCACUUCGACAGCACCUGCUAUCAGUACAACACGAUCAAACCUAGCCUGGACAAGUUCAUCAACCACCGAUUCAGCCGCCUACUCUGACGAAUCAGAAGAAUCAGAUCCAUCGUCCAGCUCCGCAAUUACCAAUACAACCACAACCACCACCACCGCAACCACCACCACUACCAUCAACACCACCUCUCGCUUACCCACAACAUACUCCAUAAACAAGCUCCCACCGCGCGUAUCCAGGGUCAAUAAUGCCAUAAAAACCACGAUUGCGGCCGCACAGCUGCCACGCCGAUUUAGCAAACCAUCCGCUGGGAAAAGCAUACAAUGUACAGAAAACUCACUUUCUGCCAAGUGCAACGAAAUCCCGUCGAGAGGUGGCAAUAGUAACCGUAAUCGUGGACAACAGCAACCGCAGUAUGUUACCGACGGUCAGUCGACUGUAUCGGCAAACCGAGGAACUCAUCCGCCACGCGCCCGCCCAACGCUGAAGCCUGCCCAAACGAUCGUUUCCAAGGCGCAGGAAUUCAUCGACAUCUAUCGUCACCCGGCGAUGCGUCCAGAGCCGCUGUAUCCACAACCGACACCGGAUAAGACGGCAGCCAAGUGCCGCAAGGACGUCUGCCAGCUGCCCGAUUGCUACUGCGGUGGAAAGGAUGUUCCCGGAGAUUUACCGGUCGAAUCAGUGCCGCAGAUCGUGCUGUUAACCUUUGAUGACUCCGUUAAUGACCUGAACAAACAGCUGUACCAGGAUCUGUUCGAACGAGGCCGCGUCAACCCGAACGGAUGCCCAAUCACCGCCACAUUCUACGUUUCACACGAGUGGACCGAUUACAGCCAAGUGCAAAAUCUUUACGCCGAUGGACACGAGAUGGCAUCCCACACGGUUUCUCACAGCUUCGGUGAGGCUUUCUCUUCGAAGAAGUGGGCCCGUGAAGUAGCUGGCCAGCGGGAGAUUCUCUCUGCAUAUGGCGGCGUUAAACUGGAGGAUGUCCGUGGAAUGCGUGCUCCAUUCCUGUCCAUUGGUGGUAACAAGAUGUUCAAAAUGCUGUAUGAUUUCAACUUUACGUACGAUUCGUCAAUGCCGGUCUACGAGAACCGUCCACCCAGCUGGCCGUACACUUUGGAUUACAAAAUCUUCCACGACUGUAUGAUUCCACCCUGUCCGACCAAGAGUUAUCCAGGUGUUUGGGAAGUCCCUAUGGUGAUGUGGCAGGAUUUGAAUGGAGGCCGCUGCUCGAUGGGUGACGCCUGCUCGAACCCACCGGAUGCCGAGAAUGUGUACAAGAUGAUCAUGAAGAACUUCGAGCGACACUACACGACCAACCGGGCACCAUUCGGGCUGUACUAUCAUGCUGCCUGGUUCACGCAGCCGCACCAUAAGGAGGGCUUCAUACAGUUCCUGGACGCGAUCAACUCGAUGAAGGAUGUGUACAUCGUGACCAACUGGCAGGCCCUGCAGUGGGUACGCGACCCGACGCCCAUGUCACGCAUGAAUUCGUUCCAGCCAUUCCAGUGUAACUAUUCCGACCGUCCGAAGCGUUGCAACAACCCGAAGGUGUGCAAUCUGUGGCACAAGUCCGGUGUGCGAUACAUGCGCACAUGCCAGCCCUGCCCGGAGAUCUACCCCUGGACCGGCAAGACCGGCAUUCGAUCGUCUCGGAUCGACAACGACAUCGAGGUGGCCGACACGAACUAAGUCAUACGACAGUCUGCAGAUGACGGCAUGACGACCCCCCGCGCAACACACGCACGGGGUUAUGCGCCGAUGGUACUCUAUUGUGUUUCUGUAUAGGGAUUUUUUUAUCGUAUUCAAUCGUUAGCGAGAGGAGAACAAAUCAGUCAAGAAAAUCAGUCAUCCUGGAAAGGUCGAAAAAAGAAGACGAAAAACCGAGUGCAACCGAGUUCCCACACCGAGCGGAAAACAAAUGAAAAAACAACAAAAGACUAGAUGAUUCUCUCCUUUUUGCCCGUUUUAGGUUAAAAGAAGAGUAAUCCACCUCAGAUCUUUUUGUGAUUGGUUUUGGUUUUCCAUUGAGAGAAUUAGAAGCCUUGCAGAGAAACGGAAAAUGUGGGAUCUUCACGCAACGAUGACGAAGAAAAAACUGUUCACGAAUGCCUAACUGAGCUUACAACUACUAUUAACUACGAGUAAUGGAAGCUUCGCACUCACUUUUUCACCAACAACGCAUACUUGGUAAUUUAUUACGAUUAAAAGAAUCAUCGAGGAAGCUUUUCGGAAGCCUCCUAUCUUCAUCACCCCGGGAGUCGAAUGAAGUUCUUUUGAUAUUACAAUAACUGUUAGGCGCGUAAGAUUUUUCUUUUCAUUUUAAGUAUAUUUGCCUGUAAAUACAACAUUAGCUGCAUCAUUGAUCGAUUCUGCGGUGAACUUUCGGUGAAAACGGAAUAAUAUUUGAAGAAAAAACAAUACUCACUCAGUAGUUUAAAAUUAGAAAGCAAAUGUAACGAUGUUAAGACAAACCAAUUUGACCGAACUAAAACAAAAGCUUAAAUGGUGAAACGUAGCACUGCCAUAUAAAACCAGCCGGUUUACCCUUUUUCGAACAUACAAGCUGCACCAGACACUACCUGCUGUUUCGUUGCAAAGGAGUAAUACUUAACGUUAAAAUUCUGGAAGUCCUGGUUAGUUGAGUGUCCAAAUCCAUCGCGUUGUCAAAAACGAAAAAAAAAAUGUUUUAAAAAAAAUCACCCUAAUCUUGUGUGUAAAAGCUAAAUUUUUUUGAUCACUGUUUCUAAUUAGCCAAGAAAAGUGAUGGAUCGCAUACCCAGCUAACCAGGUGAGAAUCACCUUUCGAAAAACCAUUCGCGGGCCAAUACGUGCAAAUCGAACAAAACAUACAAGAAAUGAGAAACGAUCCAAGAAUGACACUAAAAUCGAUAGUGAUAUAUUUAUAGCUAGUUAGACAAUAAAUUAUAAUUUGCUCCUGUGAGAAUUGCUCUUUUCUCACCGGAGGACAAUCUUUUGUACAUAAGUAGACUUAAGGAUUCUUUAUUUUACCACACUUUGUUUUUUUUCUUUUGCCACAUAUACAUAAAACCUAUGCUAAAUCAAUUUCAACAGAGAUUCACAAACUCAUAGCAUUACGAAAAGCUUUUACCAUGGCUGCAUCUUUUUAGGUAUUUUGUGACCUUCCAUAAACGGUACUAAAAUAAGAACGCACCUGGUAAGCUUACUAACUUACAUUCUCGACAAUUUCAUACGCACAUGAAAGCUAGUGUGCACAUACAUAAGUGUAGUAUCUUUAGCUGCGAACCCCAUUUCUGUCUGCUUCGGAUGAUAUAAUUCUCGUACUCUGUUUGUAAUAAAAUACUUGUAUAAUAGUGAUAUUAAGUGGCAGGCGAUGCAAUGCGGCAAUUGUAGUGAUGUUGCUAAAAGUUCCGAUAGAGACGAUAAUUGAUUAAACAUUAGGGGAGAAGUUUAAAAUGAUAGAUGUAUCUAGAUAAUGUGCCGCCUGAUAGCUCGUGAAAAAGAGAAAAUCGAGACAACUGUAAAUCGUUAACAUGUAUUGGAAAACGUCGACUUAGAAAGUGAGUGUAUCGGAAGUGAUUGAAUAAACAUGACAAUUUUUAAUAAAAACUAA